AUGCUGCUGGCAGGCGGCGGGACAAUGGCAGCACCACCAGAGUCGCCCACUAGCCACGUAAUACAACGCUCCGAGCAGACUGAGCGUGGCUUCAUCAAGAGCUGCUACGACGUGCGCUUCUUCGAUCCCAGGGUUAUCAACUUCAAAAAGUACAAGAAGACGUCGCCGUACGUGGUGGCCAGAUGCCUCACACCGGACGCGGACAAAUGUUCGUGGAUGCCGCUGUUCGCGUGCUUCGCGAACACUGACGGGGCAAUCACGUACGCAAGAGACGGGUUUUUCGACAAGUCUUGCUCGGCGUGCGAGUACCGGGCCGCGUUGGGCAAGAUGAAGUGCAGAUGCGAUAAUGAUUAUCUAUGGGUUGAGCAAGGUAGUCUCAUGUGUCAUGACUACACUGCCUUUCCGAUACCAUGUGCGGAGGAGGAGAUGAAGAAGAUACGGUUCAUGACGGGUCAGGUCUGA